AUGAAGCAGAAUACCUCGGAAAAACUAAAACAACGCUCGGUGAAAAAAGUAUUCUUAUUAAAUACAUACGGAACCAGAACUAGUUCGAAAAAAACACUUCAGCAACGAAUAGAUGAAAAUGAAAUAGAAGGCGACAUUAAACCAACAAACAUUUAUUUAAAAAACGACGACUUCGUGUUAGACGCAGAAGAAGUAGAUAGAAAUUCUGAAAACUAUAGAAUUUCCGGAGUAUAUACUACUGAUAUACCCCUGAGAGAUUUACGUGAACAACAACCAGCAUUCGUGGUUGAAAGAGGAAUCUAUAUUGGAAAAACACCAUGGAAGGAAAAUCGCUAA